GCAUGCGGCGCCUCGUGCACGCCGCCUUCGCGCCCGACGACGACGAGCCCGACCCGCCCCCGCCCCCGCCACCCUCGCACCCCCACCACCACCGCGGUAAAGACAAAAAGGACAAGGAGAAGAGCAAAAAGGGUGAUAAAGAGAAGGAGAAGGACAAAGAUAAGGAGAAGGCGGGCGGUGACGCGCGGGGCGAGGGGGGGGAGGACAAGGCGUCCGCCGAGGAGAAGCGGAAACACAUCAAGAGCCUCAUCGACAAGAUCCCCACGCAGAAGGAGCAGCUAUUCCAGUACAAGCUGGACACGGCGCAGAUCGAUAACGUGCUAAUGGAGAAGAAGAUCCGUCCGUGGAUCAACAAGAAGAUCAUCGAGUACAUCGGCGAGCCCGAGCCCACGCUGGUCGACUUUAUAUGCAGCAAGGUUUUAGCCGGCGCCGCCCCCCAUCGCAUACUAGAUGAUGUACAGAUGGUUAGUAGUUGUACAGUAAUGUAGGUCCCGCCGUGGAUCAACAAGAUCAUCGAGUACAUCGGCGAGCCCGAGCCCACGCUGGUCGACUUUAUAUGCAGCAAGGUUUUAGCCGGCGCCGCCCCCCAUCGCAUACUAGAUGAUGUACAGAUGGUUAGUAGUUGUACAG